AUGUCCAACAGUAUCGAUCAACUCGCAAAAGACUGCACUAGAGGGUUUGAAGUCCUGAAUCUACAACUGGAAACCCCGGCUGUCGCUGAAAUUGUAAAAUCUGAUGAACUUGCCCGAUUGAAGAACGAACAGAGCCGAUUCACUCGAUGGAAGAGAAAUGCUGGAGCGCACACACUUGAUCAGAAAUUACAGAACAGCACACUUGGGGAUCAGGUACCCUGGGAUCAGAUAAACGACGAGGAGGAUUCACAAUCAGAAGAUGAGAGGGAAUCACUAGACAGUUCUCCAGAAACAGAGAUGGAGCAGGUUCUGGCUCAUAUAGCCAAUGCUAUUGGCAAUCUCUCGUAUCUUGGUGCGGCAUUGAGAGAACCAUUGGCUGAUGGCAGAAUCACGGAUGAAACAUCACCUUAUGAGCCCUUCGGUGUUCAGCACGUUCGCUCGAAGUACCCUGGGGUCGACAAGGUUAUAGCAGAGCGUCUGGGGAAGGACAUUUCGGCUAGGAGAAAACUAUUUCAGGGCCAAGAUUCGACAGAGCUGAGCUCCUACCCCUCAGGAGGCCCACCAGCAGAUGAGCCAACACUGGAGACCCUCUUCAACGAGCUUGAUCUCGAAGACUUGAACUACCAGGGAAGCGAACAAGAGGAGAUCUAUGACGAGAACUCCUCCGAAACCUCGUAUAUAGCCUCGGAAGAUUUGCGAGCUCACCAAAUUCCUCCCUUGCCACAGAAAGCCGCGGAUGGGGGGUCCGUUUCGAUGCCCUUUCUGCAACAAGAUGAUGAGGGGAUUGUCUACCAAAACCUGGAAGUAGGCAACAUUUGA